GUCCCCAUCCCCACCACUGCUCCUCCGGCUGGCGGCUCCACAUGCGCCGCGGCGCUCCGAGGCCUGCAGCGGGCACAGCGGCUCCAGUCCGUGGGCAUGUCGGCCGCAGACUCCGCGGGGACGGCGGGCAGGCCACAAGAGGAGGAAGGGCAGAGGCAAGCGGGCCCGUCGCUGCCAGCUAUCGAGCUGCCAAGGAAACGAAAGGGAGAUGUGGAGGAGAGGUCAGACGACCAUGUACAGCAGAGCCUUGACUUCCAAAUGGAAGAUGACCUCAGCAGAUCUGAAGGAGAGGAUCAGCAUGUCAAAAUGCAAUGCUUCAGGGAGCCUCAUCGGCAGAUCGAGAAGCGGCGGAGGGAUAAAAUGAACAACCUCAUCGACGAGCUGUCGGCCAUGAUCCCCGCCUGUCAGCCCUUGACUCGAAGACUGGACAAGCUCACUGUGCUAAAGAAGACUGUCAACCACCUGAAAGGCCUCAAAGUUGGGGGGAGCAGGGCCUUCAUGGACACCAACCACAAGCCUUCCAUCCUGCCUCAAGAUGACCUCAGGCCCCUUCUGCUCAGCGCUGCAGACGGUUUCUUGUUAGUUGUAAGUUGUGACCGGGCAAAAAUCCUCUUCCUCUCCGAGUCCGUCUCCAAGAUCCUCAACUUUAGCCAGUUGGAGCUGACUGGACAGAGCCUGUUUGACUUCAUCCACCCCAAAGACAUCAACAAGGUGAAGGAACAGCUGUCGUCUGCAGAGCUGCACCCUCGCCAACGCCUCAUUGAUGCAACAACUGGAUCUCAGGUCCAGGCCGACAGCCCCGUCAGGGCGACCCACUUGUCCACUGGGGCACGGCGAGCCUUCUUCUGUCGCAUGAAGCACAGUCGGCUGGCAGGCAACCACGAGGACAAACGCCCCAUGCCCAGCUCUUUCAAAAAGAAAGACUCUUACAGAUACUGCACCCUCCACUGCACUGGAUACAUGCGGAGUUGGCCGAGCAGCCAGAUGGACUUGGAGGGAGAGGGCGAGAAAGAAACCUUGUAUCUAUCCUGCCUGGCGAUGGUGUGCCGCCUCCACCCCCACGUGUCACACCACCCACCCAAAGACAUCCCCGUCAAGCCCACCGAGUUCGUCACCCGCUGUGCGAUCGACGGCAAGUUCACUUUUGUAGACCAACAAGCCACGACUGUCAUUGGUUAUCUGCCGCAGGAAGUUCUCGGCACGUCGUGUUACGAGUACUUCCACCAGGACGACCUCCAGCACCUCGCGGAGACACACAGGCAAGUUCUUCGAGGCAAAGAGAAGAUUGAGACACAGCGCUACAAGUUCAAGACAAAACAUGGCUCCUAUGUCUCGCUUCAGAGUCAGUGGUUUAGUUUCACAAAUCCAUGGACCAAAGAAGUUGAGUUUAUCGUGUCGUCGAACAGGGUCAUCUCCAGGGGGCCCGGUCACAUAAAAGAUGAGGAGGAGGCAGUUGACUCAAAAACACUUCAAGAAGACACUAAGCAAAUACCCAUAAUUCCCAACCUUUCCAGUGGUUUGGGCAAAAUGAUCUACGCAGGCAGUAUCGGGACCCAAAUCGCCAAUGAGCUCAUCGACACCUACAGGAUAAACUCUUCUCCAUCAAGCGGAGCUUCCAGUCCGUUUGGCUCGGCCCAGGAGAAAUGUCCACUGGUUUCCCCUCAAACCAGCAGGAGUGCAUCCAGCAGAGAGGACACAGCAGGCAGUUCGUCCCUGUCCCAGUCUGACUCGAGGACGGCAGCGGGCACGAGCAGUGCAACGUCUGAAAGCCCAGGUGAACCGUCCCAGCUAGACUUGGACAACAUGGUGGUGCCGGGCCUGAGCAGCUUUAGCAACGACGAGGCAGCCAUGGCGGUGAUCCUGAGCCUGCUGGAGACGGAUAUAAACAUGGGUCAGUCGGGUCAGUUUGAAGACUUGCACUGGCCUUUCUAGCGGGCACGCUGACCGUCCGCCCCUCUACAUGCUCUUGUGCCCUUUUCUUGCCAUUUGCCAUGAACGUUGUCGAUCCGUCGUUACAUUUUGCCACCGACCGAUCUGAUGUCACACUACUGAACCCACUGGUGUCAAGAGAUGCUGGCUGCAGACACAAGAGGGCAGACCUCCACCAUGGAGGACGUGUGACUUCAGUGUGGAUGAUGCUCGUGCAAACUUGUUACAGAAAAGAGAAGUACACACGUGUUGAAAUGGUAAACGAGGAGACGUUAUAUUCUCAGUUUGGGUCAAUGAAGAUAAUUUGGUGAGGUAUUUUAUUUCAGAUAAAACGAUGCUGAUUAAUGUUAAGUUCACAAAAUUGAGUACCAAGUCAAGUCAACUACCACGAAUUGGUAACAUAAGUUAAUAAUGGCAGUAAGUGAUACUCUUUUUGAAGGCACAAGUAAACAACCAGUUUCACAUACAACACUGAAAGCUCCAGUAAUGAAAGAACUGGCAAAAUACCAUACUCCUAAAUGUAAAUUUAUACUUUUAAAAUCGUGUAUUGUCAAUACAUAGAAGUGAAACUCCAUGGAAACUUGUUAAAAAAAUAACUAAUGUUUCAGAAGCAAUUGCAGCCGCUGUGAGUGUCACACGUCCUGCAUGGGUUAGGUCCACCAUCUUGUGUCUAGAGUGCGGACCUCAUCACUAGACUUUGCAACACGUCAAGGAAGCUAGAUAUCGGGAAUGACGUUUCAAGUCAAUAGCCUCUGGUAAGGCUGUCUUCUUCAGUGAUUCUCCAGUAUCUUCAUGGAGGAAUACAGUGUUCAGUUAGUGCUUUGAAAAGAAUCUAGCCCUCCUGAGUUGAAAAUCCCAAACUUUGGGAAACUACACUCGCACAGAGUAAGUGUCUAAGGAAAUAUAAGCCCAGCUAAGUCUAACAAUAUUGAGUCUGCAAAGUCAGAGCUGAUCAUUGCAGAAUUAUUAAGAACUAAGAACUAUAUUAAAAUCACUGUUUGCCCAAAUUGUUUCGCUCGUAAAUUAACCAGUAAUACACAGUUGGAUUUUACCAGCUAGCUACAGCUAAAAGCAGUGUGUGCUAAGCAGGCACCCUGGAAGUCAGAGUCGAGGGUGCUGUAAAACAGUCUAUUUAAUUAUGUUGAUGUAUACAAAAAAUCAAAUGAGGAGCAGUAGUACAACAUAAGUGGUUUUAGUAUUCAUUUAAAGGUAGGGUUGGUGAGUUGUUUCUGAAAAUCUUUGCAUUGUAUUUGUUAAAAUCCUCUUCACGUCCCGACAACUAUCAAUACGAAAAGGCCAGAGAGAUGAGGCUGAAGCAGAGACGAUAGUCAUAUGUCACGGAAGAGUCGGCUUCUAUAAGUUGGCAGUGCAGGUUCAUGUGUUUUGGGGGCGUAGCUGGGAUGUUUCUGUUGCAUUUUUUCAAAGUGUAGCCCGCUCUAAAGCCUUUCCAGGAUGACCAACCCUAGCUUUAAGUGACCACCAGCAUCUUAGAUAGAUAGAUAGAUAGAUCAAAUGUACAUUUACAUCAGUUUUAGAACCGGUUUUAACAAACCUAAACACGUCGAAGCUGCAUAGUUCCAUAUUCAGCUGUGGACACAGAUCUUAGUGAAUUACUCAACAGAAGCCGCACAUACGAUUAUCUAUGUCACGUUCUACCACGUUGCAUAAGGUAGGCUACACAGACAAUACACCAAAUGUUCUCAAAAUCAAGUAUUAUGUUACUGCUUCUAUGCCUCUAUGCUACACCUAAAAUGUUACUUUAGAAAAUGAAAAGAGCUUUUCUUAAUUAAUGGUUUAUUUUGCUUUGCAGUUUCAUCCCCUGCCGGUAGGGGGUAGUGCAGCCCCCUUAGCUCCCUACUUCCCCCAACCUUGGUACAAAGACCAUCAAAACCGACCAAGGGAGUUGCUUUGUGAUGGGACUGUUUCUGUUUAGUUAUAGAAUACAUACUUGAAUAUUAACUUGGUUUACAAUGCUUGGCGAAAGCAAUGUCAGUCAAAAGUUUAAAGUAUGAGUAUCCACUGAGAAACCUGAGCGGUGGGUGGUCUUUGAAAUGGAGGAUUUCUCUGUAUGUGUUAAAAUAUCGAAUGUGCACUAAAGGACGGAGUCCUACCAUGCCUAUGCUGUGCUCGCAUAUCACACACUUGCUGUACUCUAGACGGUUCUCUGGAAGACAUCUGCUCUACCCUGAACUCGUGGGGAAGGGGGCGCACUGUGCAUGUGAGAAUGUUUUCCUGUGUUAACAAUGGACAAGCCAGUAUUUUACAAGACAGACUUUAGUGUCAUGUCCUCGUUCCUUCCCCACCCUGUUGCUCUAAAAAGUAUUUGCCUUCGACUGCACUGAAAAAAAAAAGCCAUUGUAUAUAUGUUGCUGUGUGUCGAGUGUUGAAUAUCCCAUUGCCACGCACGCUUCUCGUGAAAGAAAACUCACCUUGAAGUAUCACACUUUUUCUACUCUGGGUCUAAUGGGUGGAGAAGUCAGGUGUUCUCACACCAGCACUGCAGCCACAAGGCAGGUUGAGGGUCUGAUUGAAUGGUACAGCCUCAGACGUGAAUGAUUAUACUACACAGCUAUUUAUUUCCUUAUGACCUUAUUUCAAAAUCAGUUAGGUAACAGCGCCGGUAGUCUGGGUCUGACAAGCUGAGGCCUCAGCUUUCCUUACUAAAAAGAAGCUCUUUAUAUUUGACCCCAACGUGACCCCUGGACUGUUCGCUACACUGACAUCAACAGUGUCAGAGUGUGUGUCAUGGUGGAUUCUAAACCUAGUGACUGGCCUUCAUAUGUAAACCCUGGUUUUAUCACUGGUUCCUCUAGUCUUGAAAGCAUAAUGUGAUUGUGUUGCCUUGAACACGCAUGCUGUUUCAGCACCAGGCUGGAUUGUGAAAGGAGCGCUCUUUGCCUUGAAAAGCAAAACAGUUGGUUCUGGACAAUAUUUGCAGUUCUCCACCGGUGCCAUGCAAAAUGGACACUAAAUCAUCUGCCAAGCAGCUGCCCUGCUUGGAGAAAAAUGUCCGGUAUGUGUAUGUGCAAACUGUUGUUGAUGUAUCUGCUGUAACAUGGAGGAGAGGUUGGAGUUUUUGAAAGUAAAACUUUUUUUUAAUAA